GUAUAUAUAAUAUUAUUGCUUUGCAAAUAUACAUGCUUAUUUACGAAGCAUCCGCAUAAAUCAAAUUAUAAUUUAGAUAUAUUUAUAUCGACGGCCAAGAAAUUCACAAUUUCAUCGAUAUUCGGCAGUUGGUAAUGUGUGGCAGUUUUUAAUUAUAAUUCCGGAGAGGCCUACCGGGGCCUCACUUGAGAGUUGGAGAUUUCCACAUAAUGGAAAUUUCCAUGGUGGAUAUUUUGUAUUUUAUAUUUGAAAGUGUCACAAAAAUUUAGUCUGACUGACUGACUGUAAUAUUAUACCUUGUUCUCCGUGACCUCGUCGCUGACGUAAUUCGUUCUGCUCGAUCGCGAGCAUGAGUCCCGCGGACCUGCCAACAGCGGAAUCCUACCGGCUCCGUUUUUUCCGCGCGACCUCUCCGCCUCGGAGAAGGCGGAAACGGGCGGUCGCCAACUGGUCGGACGGGACUGCUCUAAUCUAAUCGCUCUCGCCUUUCACUCGCGGUCUCGCUUCGGCAGCCGCGGAUCGAUUUCGCAACUCCCGCAGUGGAGAUAUAUCGACCCCCUGCGAAUCGGCGAUUAUCGCUCGCCCCACGUCAGCUGUUUGGCCUGUUUGUCCGGACGGGUUAUCGCGUACACGCGGUACGCGCGAACCGGGACAAGCCUCUUCGCAUUAUUGGGUAUUGCACAAGCCCUCCCCCCCCCGUCGCGUUAUCGGUAAUUGCACAAGCUCCCCGCAGCGGGGAUUCGUCACCGAGGAACCGGAACCUUUUGACGGCAUGCGGUAGCACACCGACCUCAGUUCAGCGUGCGAGUCCCGCGAAGCAACAUCGACCAACAAUAAUGUUCUCCUGGAGGAACGCCUUCUCCCUAGUCUCGCAGAAGUUUGCGAGGAAGCUGCAUCUGUCGAAAAUCCGGCAAGAAGCUGCGAUCAUAGACGGAACGAAAAUAGCCGAGCAGAUUCAACAGGAAUUAAAGGUGGUUGUAGACACUUGUACAAAUGCCGGGAAGAAGAGGCCGAAGCUGGUGGCGAUAUUGGUGGGGAACCAUCCAUCCAGCAAAGCGUACGUCGGCAGGAAAAUGAAAGCGGCAAAGUCGAUAGGUAUCGAGAGUUACACCAUUCAUUUGGGAGAGAAUAUCACACAAGCAGACCUGCUUAAGGAAAUCGACAGCCUCAACAGGGAUCCGUCCGUCGACGGCGUUCUGGUACAACUGCCGCUGCCGAGGGGCAUGAACGAGAAGGAGGUGUGUCAGUCGAUAGUACCGAGGAAAGACGUGGACGGCUUCCACUUGGACAAUCUCGGUAAUCUCACCCUGGACAACAGCAGUAUCGUACCGGCCACCGCCUUAGCUGUCAAGGAAUUAGUACUUAGGAGCAAAAUCGAGACCUUCGGAAGGAACGCCGUGGUUGUGGGUAGAUCGAAGCACGUCGGGCUGCCCAUCGCGCUGUUACUACACGCCGAUGGCAAAGGCGAGACGGGCGCACUGGACAUGACAACGACAAUCUGCCACCGUCACACGCCCCACACGGAGCUGGAGAAGUACACGAAGCUGGCGGAUCUGGUCGUAGUCGCGGCCGGGGUUCCCGGCCUGAUCACCAAGGAGAUGAUAAAGCCGGGCGCCUGCGUGAUCGACGUGGGUAUCACCAGGGUGAAGACGGCGGACGGCAAGUACCGUCUGGUGGGAGACGUGGAUUACGACGGCGUGAAGGAGGUCGCCGGGCACAUCACGCCGGUGCCCGGCGGCGUGGGCCCGAUGACGGUCGCUAUGCUGAUGAAGAACACGGUCACGGCCGCUAUGAGGAACCAGGACGACACGAAGCAGUCCGACCAAUUGGAGAACAGCGAGGCAUUUGUGUAUUGACGCGGCGGCAAUUAGCUCUGUUUUAGGAUCCCUGUUCGAUAGGUGUGUCGACGUGUAUUUUCGUAAUGCACAAACGAAGAGUAUUAUUCUUGCAAAGAUAAUUAUAAAUGAAGCGGUUUAUUCAAUUAAUUUAUGUCAUCAGGUCCCAACGUUAUGUAUAGUAUCUAAAUAUAGUAUCUGUACAGUAUCUUAUUGAAAAGAGAAAAAUUUUGUACAAAUAAAAUCUCUGUUUCUUUUACGUGCGCUUUUUUGUUACUUUUAUAUUACGUAUUUUUGAAGUGUAACUUUUUGCACAAGUGCCUGACAAUUUUGUUAACGAUGAAUAAAUAAAAUGCAUAAAUUUC